AUGUCAAGCUACAAAAUACGAGUUGUUUUGGAAGGAUCUACUAAGUACCGUUGUGGAAAGAAGUGGAAAAAACGAUACUGCAUUAUGGCACUGUCUCCUGAUAACUCGGAUGCGAUGCAUCUCUACGUUACGAAGUGUUACGAUGAUUUUGCUCCCUAUCGAAACGAUGGCUGUUUGACCAAUGCCAACCUGCCUUCAAUGCGGAAUGCAUGCGAUCCAUCCGUUCAUUUGGGCCAUGGCACUGGUCAUCCGGAGUGUGUGGAGAAUGAGGCACAAACUCACUCGGAUGACUCCAGUCUAAACUUCACCGGACCAUUGGUAAAUAGUGCUUCGCUGUCUUGCAGCCGAGCAGCGGAGUCCACUUCUUUGGGAUUGUCUCUUGCCUCCAGUUUGGCCAGUCGAAUGAAUGCGCCAGCACCAAUCGAUGAGAUUACUGGAUUCGAAAGUGGCUACCAUAUGGACAAAGAGUCGAAUAUCAUUGUGUUGACUGGAGCUGCUUCCGUGCACAUCAUCGCUUUGCUUUCCACAGACGAAAUGUUUCUCUGGGCUGAUACAAUGUCUCAAAUCAUGACUGAUUGUCGAUUUCGAGUGACUUUACGCAAAACGGCUAACGGGAGUAAAUUGCCUCAAGGUAUUCAAGGAAGCCUUCAUGUGCAACGCUGGAGACUUUGCUUCAUUGGAGAACCUUCCGCUGGAUGCAGGUUUAUUUGCUACUGGCGUUUGGACACAGUUGAGAAGGCCUAUACCAUGACCUUACCCAUGCAACAAUCUUCCGUCAGCCAGACUUUUGAUUCGCCAAUCUCCCGAAAACCCGUGGGAUCCGAUGCUCCACAUCGCGUCUCAUUAGGUAGUGUAACAUCUCCAUCGGUAUCUACUCCUUCGCGACCGAAGCACGUUUUCGUUUUGGAGGCGAAGAACACUGCAGGAAAAGGCCGCGGAACAAAUACCUUUGAACUUGAUGGCGGCUCAAUUAAUGAAUUAAUCACUGUCAUUGACCAAUUUAUGGCCCGCCGAUUUUGCCGGAAUCUUGAUGCUCGCGAUUUUCCAACGCGCCCUAAAACAACGGGGUCCGCGUCUAGUUCCCUAUGUGUGGGUUCCAACAACCCGUUGACCUUCAUUUCGAAAUAUUCGCACCCGUCGCUUGCGUCAUCACCUGGUGCCUCAGACGGUUGCCAUUCUGCUUCUCCAGCUCAAAAUGUUCCAAGUCAAACCCAUUCGACAGGUUCUUCUGCUCACAAGUCGAAUCCUCUUACGAUGCCCAUCAGCUAUAUUUCUCGGCGCUGUAACAGCUCUGUUAAAUUCGACAGUGCGCGAACGUGUGAUAAGCCGACUCUGAAGUCCUACAGUUACCCUCAGAGAUCCAUAGGAGCCACUGGGAACAGCAAUAAGUGUCCUCAGGAAGAUAACUCCAUCAACGAAGUGGACCCAGGACUUGUUUCUCAAUCUGUUUUAAAGCAGUUCGACACGAAUUGCUCACAUCUUUGUACUGGUCUGUCUUCUUCAUACGGUGUUACCUUGACACCAUCCUACAUGAAUAUCUCAGCAUCGACUUUCCUUCCGACACAAAGAUCCCGUAACCCGCUACUUUUGGAUGAAUGUACCACUUCUCUCCGUAGCCUACGCGAUACGUGGGAGGAGAGGGAGGACAUGAUAUCAACAAAUGAGGAAACACAGGUAGCUCGUGUCCCCGCUGGUCUCGUAAUAUCAAAGCGUCCCAGUUCAUUUAACACAACUGGGCAUCUCUCAUCCAUCUGUCCAGAGCGCCCCUUCACUAACACAUACACUGGUGCAUCUUUCCCCAUAAACUCUCCGUGUGCCCCACCUGUACAAGACAACAUGAAGGAUUGCGCUUCCCAGGGAUCAGUGGUUAACUUUCAUCGACCUUAUAGAUACCGUAAGCGGUGCAAUCGUUCACAUUUUCAUAUUCAUGGCCAGAAAGGUCCAACCUUCUCGAACUCUAUCUGCGCCACCGACCAGCAGACAUCCCCCAGGGUUCAUCCAGACAACUUCCCCAACGCUUUGAUCCAGCACGGGGUCUUCACAGCAGAUGAAGAUCUCGUGGAUGCAGAAUUAAUUACGAGCAACUUUCAAAACCCGCAAGUUCAUCUUCGCACUACCUCGAAUUUGGCUAAGAGUUCCGAAGAAGCUCAGUGUACCCAGUGCGCAUCGUCCAAGUUUCGUGCGAAUUGUUUCUGCGCCUGGUGCUGCCAUCUCGAUCAGGACCAUGUCGGUCACCUGGAUCAUCGCGUCUAUCGACACAGAUAUCAACAAUAUCGAAUGUGCGUGUGUCCCUCCUAUCUCUCCCGAUCACUUUCGUCUAAUGUACUUUCCUCACUCGGUUUUCUUCCGGCGUCCGCCUCCUACAACCCGAUUCCACCCUCCACACCCAAGAGCAUCGUCUGUGCCUCUCAUCCGGUAGGCAACUCUGAUGCCUCCUUGGUGGCACGUACUUCCGCAUCGGAAUUUUCCAGCUCGUCCCUCACAACUAAAACGCUUUGUAGUGAUCGCUGGAAACCCAUUCGCCGCCUUUUCCACCGCAAGCACUCCAAAAGCCACGACAGCUUGCAUCCCCACGAUCAGCCUCCACAGAGUCCGGAUUUGCGUGAUAAACAUCCAGUCUCAUGUUCGGUAACGAACGCUGGUCUCAAUUUAGCCCCUUGUUCAAGCGAACUCUUACCAAUAACCCGCUUUCAUCCCGCCCACAAGCACUGUCUAUGUGAACUUGAUCGCAUAGCUUGUCCAGAGCGCUGGCACACUGCAAUUUCUGUGCGGGAACAUCGCCUACUUGCAAUUCUUUGUCCUCGCCAUGGUUCACGUUCUUAUUGCCCGUGGUUCCUUCAACGCCUUCUUUUUAACUUUUCCUUACUUCCCCACACUCGUCGUGAGGGACAAUCAUCCUCGCACAUGACCAUGGUCAAACUUCCACGAUCGAGUGUCUGUCAUCAAGUUGACACCGCCACAUCCGCUGUGCCCGGACCCUCUGCGUUUUCAACCAUUAGAAAUGUCGUGGGUUCUAAGCAGAAAACCAAAGCCAAGUCUAUAUUCGGAAAGGGGAGUACGAUUAAGCCGAAAACUACCGGCGUUUUCAAAGGCACUUGUCGGACGUCUAUACGUGACCCCACCGUUCAUCAAGCCGAGUUCGCUCAGACGCACACUACGGUGAGCUCGGCUUUAGCAAAUGACUCGUAUCGGUCGACCAACAUGGCGAGCAGUUUACGCACACCUGGUGUUGUUAAUCGGAAUCAACGAUGUGCUCAUUGCUUGUGCUCCUCCCAUUUUCCAGACUCUGGAUGCAGAUCUCAAUCUGCUCUGUCUCUUACUUCGCUUCCAUGCUCUGAACCCGCCAUUUCUCGAACUGCAAGUUCAUAUUUCGAGCCAAUGCUUGAGUUAGGCACGAGAUCCUUCUGCUCCUCUGUUUCAUCCUUGUUGACUUUUCAGUCAAUAUCUGGAUCGAGCUCUAUGCUUUCUUCUUGUGCUACUGGUGAGAAUCCCACUAAGCAGAGCGCUCUCGUACCUUCAACACCACGCACCGAGGCGGUGAAUAUGGGUACGCGACGAUGUGAGGACAACCUGGAAAAUGCGGGGAAACUUCCAGGUUGCGAUACGCAAGAAACAUUUGCAUCUGCGCCUAGUUCCGAUAUUUUAGGUUCAUCGAGCAGAAGGCAGCUAAUCAACCACGGCGCACCUGAGUUAACGGAGAAUUUAUAUAUAGACUGCUCACUUUCAAAGCCUCCACCUCGGUGUGACGCGCACUACCAUAUUUGUCCGAAGCACCACUCUCCUUCGGGCACGUCAUUUGUGCGUCGAGUUUCUACUACCGAUCCGUCCUCAUCCAGUGUAGACUCACCACGAGUUACUAUUCACAAUCCUCCAUCUGUACUCAAAGAUUCCUCCAAUCCAGCACGCACUCAUUCCAAGGUACCUACGAACGAAACACCUGAUUCUCCCCGUUGCUGUCAUUCACGUGUGCAUGCUUUUCAUCGGUCCUAUCAACUUUCUUCCAACUCGCAGCGGGCCCAUACUCUACCAAACACCAAUGUCUUCCGGAGCGAGUCAUUGCAUCUCAUGGUCCCAUCAUGCUGUGAACACGCUAUGGUGAAUGGGAACACAGUCUAUCAUGCGAAAAUUCCUCAUGGUGAUGCAUCUAAAACGUGCAGACAGCAUGGAACCACAACAUUCAAUCGGCUACUACCGCGUUUUCAGCGCAAAGCCCGGGGAAGCAAUCCGAGGCACAACACAUCCAUCGGGGUUCGCAUGUCUCCAACACGGUCCCAGUUAGAUAGAAAACUCUCGUGCCAGUCCACGUGUAGCACUAUUUCUAGCUCCCUGGAAAACGAAGAUAAUGCCUUGCUACUAGAUGAUGAUCUCCCACGUGAACUAGAAAACUUUAACUAUUGCAAUGUCUUGGCCUCCCAAAGCAGUACUGUGGCAAAUCUUUCGAGCUGGGAUUAUCAGCAGACAAAAAAAUACGAACAACAAACUCUCAUCACCGCCCACCCUUCAGCAAAUAACGCAACUGUGGGAAAAGUUGACUUAAGUCAGAGCAUCUACGUCAACUUACCACUCUCUAGUACUGAUUCAGUGGGUCAUUAUAGCUCGUAUGGCUCUCGUUCGGGUCGAUUGCUACAACACGUGCUCAAUGCUGUCCAUCAUCAUUCGGCGACCUCACACACGGCAUCCAGUCCGAAUUCCAAGGUGAUCGCCCUUCAAAUUCCAGGUAGCUCUUCUCUCGUGGGUGUCUUGGAAUCGCAUCCGCACAACCAAUCAUUAUCCAGAGCUGGGCCCAGCUGUAAACAACCCGGCCAAACAAUCUGCACCCAUGUGCCACCAAACUCGAAGCUUUAUUCAUUUUGUUCUCAGAAUCCCGAUGCAACUUGUUCAGCGUCCUCACAUCUGUCUUCCAAUGUCGGAAUGUCAAUGAACUUCGAUUUCUCGGAAAUACCUGCUGAGGUGCGGGAUCCAAGUCGUAAUUACGCCAUGGUGGAUCUCCGGCCAAGUCCCGCCAGCUCUAUAUGCGCAAAUACGGAAUUGGCUAUUAGCGUUGCUCAGAACCGUCAAUCUAAUCCUGCAGACGGAAUUACCUCGGCGGAUUCUUCUACUGGCAGCACUAUUGGCUUUUCGAACAGCACUAGCACAGGGAGUGAUUGUGCUAGUGAUGCAGCCACAUUGACCUCGGACAUCGUGGGAAGCUGCGUCCCCGUUUCUUCGUCCUCAGAACAACCUGUGCAUCGCGGUUCGUCUACUUUGUUCACACAAGCGGCCACUUCACUGGAGACUACCCGUCGUCGACACAGUCACAGCCUUUCUUUGGCCACUACUGAUGCUCCCAUUCUUAACUACGUCCACGUGAUUGCCUCCGCUGCACCGUUGGCCACUUCACAUUCAACACGACGCGAUGACGAGAGCGCUGUUUCUGAUCCGAUCGGUUGUGCACUACCGGAACAUCAUGCUGACUCGCUGAGUUCGAGCAGCGGUUUGGGUGGUGUCGCUUCACAAUCGAUCACUCCCCCUUUGGCAGCCACCAGUAGCACCUCUUUUGGUGAUGUGUCUACUAGUCGCUCGAUGACUUCGUCGGCAACCUCUGGCGAAGGUAAUUCAGUCGAUUUUGGCUUCCACAGCUACUCUCCUCCUGAACACGAAAACGUCGCUUACACGCAGAUUGACUUUGCGCGUACCAUGGCUUUGGGUGAAGUUCGGGGGGACAUGGAACAUCAAGAGCACGCGGUGAGUGGGAAAACAUGCAUUUCCACCCUAUCUGGCACUCCAGCUGCGCCUGCAAAAAUGGACCGUUCCAUCUCCAUGCGCAAGACGCUCUCUCGACCCAUACGUUCUAUCAAACGCGGACACCAAAAGAAGUCCAGUAGUUUUCUGAGUUGAUUUCUUUCGUUCCUCUCAAUUCCCGCGCACACCUGUCUCAACUAUCCCUUUGCGGGGCUAGCUUAAAUUUUUCCUACUACGCCUUGUCUACCAACUUGGCAGCUCAACUGGCUGCUACCCUUUCAGAUCACAUUUAUACCUCAUACCUGACGAUCUUUCACUUCUCAACGGAUGCACAGUAUUGGUUCACUUUUCAUUUAUUUUCUAACUUCGGAUAAUGUUUGGUAUUCUUUACAUACAGUGUAUACGUAUUUGAUGUUUGGCAGCUUCUGCCUAAUCUAUCCUCAUUGUUCCUUCUUACACACCUCUACCCUUAUGGACAGUCUUCAUAAUGUCCAUUCAGUUUAUCAAUGUGCAGUUUGCUCUGUUUCAUCUUUCAGUCUCUGAUUUCUAUCCUCUUUGUACAAACUGCGGAUAAUGCGCUCUUGCUUUCAGAUCUCUCCGUAAUGUCGCGAGGUUGAAGGCCCGGCGCUGUGGUCUCUUACGGUCUCAUCCCACUCUGCUUUUAUUGGUCGCACUUUCGCGUUUAUCAUCGCGGCCCUGUGAAUUCACUCUCUUCACGCGCUUAUCUUUUUGCAUAUUAUCUUAUCAUGUGUAAAGUUUUAUACUUUGUUUCUCGUCAGACAUAGCUGACAUGUCACACACAAGUUCAUCUCAUUCUCUCAGUAAGUUCUUUUGAUUUAUUGUUGUUUCCGUCUUUUGUUAAUUCUUCUAGUUACCUUGCGUUUUCCUGUUUAUGCUUUUACUCAGUCGAUUGUUCUCUUUGUGUGUUUUUGCUACGUUUUGUAACUUGCCCCACUCUUACUUGACACAUAUUCGUAGACUAACUAAUCAUCUGAUUCCUGCUCCAGACACAACACUACUACCUCUGCUUAACUACGUGUUCGUGUGUUAAUAGGCUGAAGCGAAUUUCUUCCCUUUCUCCUUUUUUCACAUUGAUUCUGAUUCCCACCAUGCCAGUGUACAUAGUGACAGUGCAUGGAGGGGUAUUUAAAAAUUUGUGUGGCAGAUCUCAGUUUUGUUUUCUGGGAACGAUAAUACACUUACACAUCUUUA